CCGGUAGUGUCCCCACUUCAGAAAUUAGUACAUGAAACGGAGCGUAACCUUGUCGAGGAUGAGAUAAAACAAGAAAUAAAACGAGAUGAUGCAGUCGAUGAAUCCUUCGAGUCGACAAAAGAUGGUUUCUCAGAAAAAAAAAAAGGAUACCGAAGGAGCGGAUAAGAAUGACGAUUCGAUGCAACAGUAUCUCGAUAUGUUACGGUCCAAUAAAGAGAAAACUCUGGAUACGGUCUAUGGUGAUCUGAUGCAAAAUUAUGGUAUUACUCUGUACUCGACAUUUAGCAACUUGAAGGCAUCGAUCUACGAGCGAUUCAACCGGACUCUGAAAAGUAAAAUGUGGAUGCAAUUUAGCCUACGGGGCAAUCAUCGGUGGUUGGAUCUUUUAUCGGGCUUGGUAUCCUCUUACAAUAACAGCAGACACCGAACCAUUGAUAUGAGGCAGAUGUUACCGCUAAGAAUGAGAAGAUAUUACUGCAACGGGUGUUCAACAAUUUUAAGACUAAAUCUACGCUUAAACGAUCAAAGUUUAAAGUGGGAAAUAAAGUGCGAGUAAAUAAAUUUAGACACGUUUUCAAGAAAGGCUAUACACCUAACUGGACGACAGAAAUUUUUACGAUAAGUCAAGUUAAAAAUACGUGACGUAUAAACUCAAAGACUAUCAAGAUCAUCUCAUCGAAGGCGGUUUCUAUGAUCAGGAACUCAACAGCGUUAAAUAUCCUGACAUUUAUCUUAUAGAAAAGGUGCUCAGAAAGCGCGGAAAUAGGCUUUUUGUGAAAUAGCUAGGGUUUGACGAUUCGCAUAAUAGUCGGAUUUGUAAAAAGGUAUGAA